AUGUCCCGCCGGGUCACCUAUCAAAUGGCUAGUUUUCUGAGGGACACCCCCCUCGGUCAACUAAUUCGACUAGUUUCAGGAGGCCACCUUCUGAAAUACACUGAAGAUGGAAACGGGCUUGAAAUAUUGAGGAACAGGAGAUUGCAACAUGCAGAUCGGGCUACUCAGGCUCCUGUCAACGCCGAAGCCGACCCUGAAGUCCUUGCAAAGAAAGGCACGAACGCCGAUGACCUCGUCCUAGUCGACUGGUACAGCCCGACAGAUCCUGAAAACCCGCGGAACUUCUCAACGGCGAAGAAACUAUGGACGAGCUUCAUCAUUUUUAUCUACACAUUUGUCGUCUACUGCACUUCGUCUAUCACAACACCGUCCUACCCGUACAUCGCCCCUCAGCACGGCCUCAAUGAGACCUCUGUCUCCUUGAUCCUCGCUCUCUACGUUCUCGGCUAUGCUUUAGGUCCCUUGGUGUUUGCCCCCUUGUCGGAAAUACCGUGGAUCGGUCGCAACAUCCCAUACUGGGCCUCCUUCCUCCCUUUCCUCGCCCUCUCAAUAGCUCUCACACAGGUGCAAGAUCUCAACUUUGCCACCAUAUGCAUUCUACGCUUCCUUCAAGGCUACUUCGGCUCCCCGAUCCUUGCCACGGGUGCGGCUUCCUACGACGACAUUUUUGAUGAGUUUGAAUCGCCAUACGGCUACAUGAUUUGGCUCGGCGCAAUGUAUGCUGGUCCUGCGGUUGGUCCACUCCUAUCAGGCUACGCCGUCGUGAGGGACUUCAGAUGGCCAUACUGGGAGGUGGCGAUCAUGGCAGGUGGCCUGGUCCCACUGAUCCUUUUGCUGCCAGAGACGAGCGCGGAUUACAUACUGCUUCAACGGGCAAAGCGCAUGAGAAAAUUCACAGGUGAUCCAAAAUAUCGGGCUCCGUCAGAAAUCAAGAGAGUGCGCGUUGCCAAAGUGUUUAUGGACGCCCUCAUUAAACCGACAGAGAUCGCAAUGAAGGAUCCAGCUAUUGCCUUCGUCACCGUAUAUGGCGGUGUCGUGUAUGCGACCUACUACUCGUAUUUCGAGGCCUUCCCCCUUGUCUACCACGACAGAUAUGGGUUCUCUGCUGGUGCCAUAGGACUGAUAUUUCUCUCUGCAAUCAUUGGCGCCGGAAUCUGCGCCGUCAUCUAUGCUAUUUACCUCCAGCUCUACUUUACUCCUCGGGCUCGUGCAGAUGUCAAAAAAGUCGCUUCGGCCGCAGCCGCCGCUGCUGCGAGUAACGACUCAAGCCAACCUCAAUCUCUCGCCUCAGGUCUAGAAAGGCUGCACAUCAACGCGGCCAUCCCGCAAGAACGCUGGCUGGUUCCCUCCAUGCCGUUCAGCGUGCUCUGCCCAGCAGGUCUGUUCCUCUUCGCCUGGACUGCCACCGCCACCUCGCGCGAUGCCAACGGUAUCGAACAUCCGGCCUUCCACUGGAUAGUCCCGACGAUCGGCAUAGCGCUCUUUUCCGGCGGCAGCUACGUCGUGUUCCAAUGCACAAUCAUCUACAUCUCCCUGUCCUACCGGAAAUACUUUGCCUCCUUGUCCGCCACGUACGACAUGUCGCGAGGAUCCUUGGCUGCUGGUGUGGUCAUGGGUAGUCGGGCAGUCUUUGUCAGUUGGGGUGUGGACAAGGGCGUUAGCGUCCUCGCCGGCGUCAGUGCCGCUGGGGUGCUGGGCAUGGCGUAUCUGUGGAGAUAUGGGGCGAUGCUGAGGUCGAGGAGUAGGUUUGCGGAGCGUUAG